AUGAGGUCUUCCACGUUCUUUUAUAUAAUAAUAUCGUAUGUGUUGCUAGGAUUGGUGACUGCAGACGAGGAAACCAACUCUGAGUUUGAAAACUCUGGGUUCACUGGAUCUUCAACCCACACAAACAAUUGGGCAGUCUUGGUAUCUACUUCUAGAUUUUGGUUCAAUUACCGUCAUAUGGCCAAUGUGUUGUCGUUAUACAGAACGGUAAAGAGACUUGGGAUUCCGGACUCUCAGAUCAUAUUGAUGCUUUCUGAUGACAUAGCGUGCAACCCUAGAAACGCCUUCCCAGGUACCGUGUUCAAUAACCAAGAUCAGGCUAUCGAUUUGUAUGGUGAUCUGAUCGAAGUCGACUACAGGGGAUACGAGGUGACUGUGGAAAACUUUAUAAGAUUGCUCACAGAUCGUUGGGAUGAGAACCAGCCUAGAUCCAAGAGAUUACUCACAGAUGAAAAUUCAAACAUCUUCAUUUACCUUACCGGUCAUGGUGGUAAUGAAUUUUUAAAGUUCCAAGAUGCUGAAGAGAUCAGUGCCUAUGAUAUUGCAAACGCAUUCGAACAAAUGUACGAAAAGAAGCGUUACAAUGAAAUCUUUUUUAUGAUUGACACUUGCCAAGCAAACACAAUGUAUGAACACUUUUACUCGCCUAACAUUCUUUCCGUGGGUUCGUCCGCCAUUGAGGAAUCAUCCUACUCUCACCAUUCCGACAUGGACAUCGGUGUGGCUGUUAUUGAUAGAUUCACUUACUACACGUUGGAAUUUUUGGAAAAGAUUAAGAAGAACUCUAAGCUUACCAUGGAUAAACUCUUCGAUGAGUAUACAUUCGAGAAUGUGCACUCGAACCCGGGAAUCGAAACUAAGUUGUUUAACCGCCCAAUGAAUGAAACCUUGUUGACAGAUUUCUUCGGUAAUGUUCAAAAUGUGCAUGUCGACGAAGUGGAAGACGACAUCUUGUAUGUUGCCAAUCACGAUAAGAAUGGGAUUUUGCAUGACCCGGUUGAUGAUGCAACUGAGCAAAAUGAGGAAGCGUAUGCUUCGACAGCACCCACGGACCGUUCCUUAUUAUUCGGGAGCGCAGACACUGAAGAGCGUACUACUCUUACAAAAAUAACGCCAAAGCAAACCAAAAUCUUCGGUGGGAUCACCGUCUUAGUGUUGAUUGGCUUAUGGUUUGUGGGAAAAUAG